GUCAAUGUAAUGAUUAGUAUUUUUACGAGAGCCCGACUGUACAUUUAUUGAUGUUUACGCGGUCACACUGUUAGCACCUAAACUGUACUACCUUGCGCGUAUUUUACAAUUAAAAAUUUUCCAAGCAACUCAAUUUUCGGCAAACAAAAAGCCAAGAAGAAGAGAGGAAGCAAGCGAAAAUAAGUGAGAGUGGGUAUGUGUUUGUGAGCGUGCAAAAGAGAGCGCGUUUCUGUAAGCAUCGUCUGUGUGCGUUUGCGACUUUGUGUAUUUUCUUGCAAUAGUGUGUGUACGAAGGGACGCCGCUUAAAAAAGGCGCAGAAAAGAAAAGAUUUGGAAAAGGAAAGAAGGAUUUUCAUUCUUUUUUCGAUUUUCAAAUUGAACCCCGGCCAGAAAUGGAGGAAGUUGCUAUAAAGAAACGCGGCCGACCGCCAAAGGCAGGUGGCGGUGGAGGAUCCUCAGCAGCGGUUGCAUCGCCGGGUGCCAAAAAGCGCGGUCGUCCCUCCAAGAAUAAGAGUUUAAAUGUUAGCAGUGGCGGCGGCACUGGUCAGCGUGGUCGUCCGCCCAAGGUGUCCAAAAUCCAAAACGAUGAAGAUGCCGAUGAGGAUGAGGAGGAGGAGAUCGAUGGUGAUGCCGGCUCUGGCGACGAGCAGGUUAACAACUCAUUAUCUUCGCCAACGAAGGGCAGGGGUCGCCCCCGUAGCAGCGGUGGCGGUGGAAGCGGCAGUGAUGCAGUCAAGACUCCCGGUUCCGCCAAAAAGCGAAAGGCAGGCAGGCCCAAAAAGCACCAGCCCAGCGAUAGCGAGGAUGAAGAUGAUCAGAAUAACGACGACGACGCCAGCAGCAUCGAAGAUCGUCGCCCUGUUGGUCGGCCGGCAACUGGAGCCGUCAACCUGAACAUAUCGCGUACGGGACGCGGCCAGGGAAGGCCGAAGAAGGUCCGGCCACAGGCUGCCGAGUGGAAUGGAGAUGGUGAUCCACCAGUGCCCAAGAAACGUGGUCGUCCGCCACAGAACAAGGCGGGUGGCGGAAAUACCGCUUAUGUACCCACCGGUCGUCCGCGCGGUCGUCCAAAGUCUAAUUCCGGUUCUGCAGUCGAGAAGCAGGUGGCUGAGGAUAAUGGAGAUGAUCAGGAUGAUGAUGAUAACUCCGUUGAGGAGGUGCCCAGCUCGCCGGAGAAAACGGCAGUUACGCCGAAGAAACGGGGACGUCCUUCUCUUGCCGGCAAAUCGGCCAAUGAGAAGCCCCGUGGUCGCCCAGGAAAGGUCACCAAUGAUGACGAAGAUGAUGGGGAUUCCGAUGACCAGGAUGAGCACAACUCCAAGAGGGAGACGAACGAUGAAGGACGACGUACGGAUGGAACACCAACCAAAGGAGAUGGCCUCAAAUGGAAUUCCGAUGGCGAUAAUGAUGGCAAUGACGAUUAUGUUUCGGAUGCCUACAACGAUUCCGAAUCGGUAGCUGCCUAAAAAUUUAUAAACAUUUCCAAACAAACAAUCACACACCACCCUACCCCAUCCACCUCCCCUCAAAAUCAACAAACAAAAAAAUUAAUAUUGAGCCACAAAAAGAUACAAAAAAAAACGUGAAAGAAAACUCAUUAUCUUUAUUUAAGACCACAAAAUACAAAAACACAAAAGGAAAACUUAGGAGAGGGCCCACUGGACUUUCGAGAAACUUCCCCUCCUCAGACAACAAAAACAACAAACAUUUAACUAUAUACAUAUUUCGAUUUAUUGCUGAGAUAACGGAAAACCGUUUACUGCACUCCACUGUAUUUGAUGUGUAACUCGGAAAAAGAUUUCUAAUUUGAAACUUUCAAAUAAAUAACAUAUAUGUAUUAGAAAA